GCGAAAUUGGGCUCGUGAUAGAGGGUCGAUCCAAAGUCCUGAAACAACUUUGAUAGAAAGUUGGACUUUUUUGCGUCAGCUAUUUCAGACGAGGAGUGUCUACUGUAUAAGAAUAUCACUUAUUCCAGAAAGAAUGAUGCUCCGCCAUUCCCACGGGAACUAUCGGUCACAAGAGAACGAGAAAACAGGGAGAUAUGCUUGCCCCAGCUAAGUAAGGCAUCGAAUACUUGAUCGAAUCCCGCAGUAAGAUAGAGCUCGAGCACACGAGAAACCGAGUGAACAGCCAGACGCACUUCUGUAGCCAAGCGUCAAAUUAGCAACAGAAAGCAUUGCAAAGAUUCCAUGCUUACGAAGAAUCACACGUUGCCGGAAGGGGUGAUUCUUCCCGACACCUUAUGCCCUGCGCAGAUUUUUGAGAUUCGCGAGUCUUUGUAGGCGAAUCGAUCGGGAUCAUCGUAGCGCAGCGCAGAGGAAGGUUCGAUUCCGCAAGUCCGAUGUGCUCGCUCGAUCUCUUUCUCGGCAUUCACGCCUGCGUCAGCAGAGAGGCACAGAGAGAAGAAAGUCUCGGCGGUGUGAACGCUCGAACGCUCGAUCGCUCGAACUCUCGACGACGUAGAACGAAGGAGCGACGAAAAUUACGAAAUUCUCGAGGGCGGGACGAGGAGAGCUGAGCGCGGCGGGAGGCGGGCCGAGCCGAGACUAGCCGCGGCACAACGUCCGCCCGACGAGGAAGGUUCAAAGAUUCAAAGAUUCAAAGGUUCAAAGGUUCGAAGCACGCGCGACGGCGCUCUCAUUUCAUCUGUCGUCGUCGGAGCGGGCCGUUUCGAAAUGCUCACGUGCUCGGAGUAGGACAGGUGGCGGUGCAAGAAAUCGACGCCGGGCGAGGGCAGGGCAGACGAAGAAAGUUCGAGAGUUUCUCGAGGGUCGAUCUCGCUCCAUGAGCUCCGUCACUUGAGACCGCGGGGCGGAAUGGCGGCCUGGAUCAGAGCAGCCGCUCUCGCUGUCGCGGGAGGUCUGAAAGGGCAAGGCAGUCAUUGGCGACAACUUCCAUUCUUCGGCUUCCUGGCCGCGACGGCCUUGUUCAUUUCGUGGAGGGUUUCUCGGCAGAGCCGCGAAGACGACCCUGAGAGGCCUCCCCGGCUGGACGACGACACGGUGGCCGCAGUGAACACGAGAGUGUAUUUGGUUUACGAUGAGGAGAAGAAAUUGGAACGCGGCGGUACAUCCCAGUCUUCGCAAAUCCCUGCGAGGCCUGAGUUAGAGAAGUUUACGGAUACGGAUGAUUUGCUUUCGUAUUCGCCGGAGGUGGAAAUUGCCAACAGCCAAUUUCAGCCUUCCCCGAUCCCUUCAGAGCGUGAGAUGGUAAAGGUUACGGACACAGAUGAUUUGGGUUCGAACUCGUCAGAGGUGGACACUCUCAAUGGCCCAUUUUUAGUUGGUUCGAAGUGAGGAGGAUUGCUCUAGAGAUGCACAUGAGGUGCUUUUAAGAGCCUUUCGCCGCACAGUAGCCAACUUGUACAGAACUUUUAUAGCCAAUUCAAAUCUUGGAGGAUUGGUGUCUAGUGUAUACUUACACCUAUUCUUGUUCGCCAUCGAAUUCCAAUCCUCAAACUUCAAUUUUAUUGAGCAGAUUGUUCCGUAAGCGAACCUUUUGCCUAUUAAUAGUUGACUUGAGCACUAAGGUUAAGCUAACGAAUGUAAAGGAGAGAGUAGUACGCGACUAGGACGGAGUAGGAGCAAAAGACGAACAGUUCGAGAAGUUCAAGCUUGCUGCGACCACAUUCCUGCUAAUUAUUUCAUACCCUCCUUCCCUCCCGGAUUGCUUUUGAAAACCGGGACUUGCAAGUGCUCGACAUUCCUGGCUUUUGCUGUGGAAUUGCUGAGAUCAAGAGAACUCCAAGCCCAGCACUUAUCACCAGAAUGGUUCAGAAUAUAAAUGCCAGGUAUUUGUUUACUGAUAACAGAAAAGAGAAACCAGGCGCCAUCAUCCUCUAUAUCAACGAAAGUUACUUUCUUGUGAAGCAUUUGUCAAGGUUGUCCAUGUUAUUACAAAAUGAUGCCAGCUUUCCUACAGCUUCUUCACCAAAUUCGUUUAGCUUCGGCCGUUUGAAUUGGAAUGGCUUUCGCAACUCUGGGUACACUUCUCUGAUUUACAUCGUUCACCUAAGCCUCUACUGCUAGCUCUCCUCUAAGCGGCGCUGUCAUGAGCUUAGGCCGCAUUUUGGUAUGUGGUCUUAGUGCUAGUGCUUCGCAUCAUAAUUCCUUACAUGCCUCCGAUUUUAUCACCGAUGCACAAGUUAGGAAGUUUGACCUAGGUAUGUGCAGCACUGAUGUGGUGCAAAGACUUCAGAUUUUCUCCACGGACGAUGUCAGGGGGAAUACAAGGUGUGCAACCUUGUAUACACACCUUGUAUACGUGUAUACAAGGUUGCAGUAGGACGAAAAGAUCGGAAAGACUCAUAGUUCAGAUCUAGGAGCCAAGUUCUGAACUAGUAGCCUAUCCAAUCUUUGUGUGAAGGGAGAUGACUCUCGUGG